GUCAUAUAUCACACUACCUCGUAAAAACGACACUGAAGAUUCUGGGCCAACAAAUCACAGGGAAAAAAAUGAGCUCUUAUUAUGUGGAUGGUCUUUUUAGAAAAUAUGUGGGGAGCGGUUCUUUCUUUCCAAAUGCAGAUCAAGGUUCUGGCGCUCUUGGACCCAAUGUAGAUGAACAUGCAUUGGUUCGAAAUGCUGUAGCCUUUGCCUAUCCACCGUCACUGUCCGGAGUUUACAACGUCAAUAAUGCCACAUACCCCAAUCACCCAAUGUUCACCCCCGGUUAUGGCCAGGGACCGGACGUGGACGUUCUUCACAACAGCUCCUUCGACCAGAGCAGUCUGUUUGGCGACAGCCGUGUCCAGUCUACACCGGCGCCCCUACCUUCACCGGCGGACAAACACUACCGGAUGUACCCAUGGAUGAGAACAUCAGACCAAAAUAGAAAACGCGGCCGGCAGACCUAUUCCCGGUAUCAGACACUGGAGCUGGAGAAGGAGUUUCACUUCAACCGAUACCUGACCCGCAGGAGGCGCGUGGAGAUAUCGCACGCUCUCUGUCUGACAGAGAGACAGAUCAAAAUUUGGUUUCAGAACCGCAGGAUGAAGUGGAAGAAGGAUCACAAGGACGACCAGUCUUCGACCUCAGGUGUCACUGGUGAGGGCGGAAACGUGGACAUGGAUGGGGAUCCAGAAACCGAAGAACAGUCCAAAGCAGAUGCAAUCAUUACAGGAUUAUCACCGUCCGCCGACAUGGCAACAGAGCCCACUGUUAAGAAAGGAGAUGAGAAAAUAGAGGCCCUUGAUGAAACAAACACUUCAUAAAUCUUUUUCUCUCUCUCUGAAUGAUAGCACUUUGUUCGCCAAAUAUAUUAAUGAUGAGAAAUGACAAGCAGGCUUAGCAUUUAAAGGCUUUCGUAUAACAAAACUGGCCAAUAAUGCUGUUAUGCAGUUGGCUGUUCUGCACAUCAAAUGGAACGAAUACUACCUAUUAAGCUGUAUAACUCAAUUUGUCCAUUGAAUUUGAAGAGAGACAUAACCAACUGUAGCAUUUAAAAAAUUAUAUUAGCUGGAAAGCAGUUGACAUCGAAUGAACAUUCCUUCACCACCAUAUAGGUUAGGAAGAAUUUGGUUAAUGGUCUUAUUACAUUCAUGUCUACUUUUAACAGUUUUGUAGAUUAUUCAACUUACAGUAAUGGAACUUUUUCGCAUGUUUCUUUUCCCGUGUAUCAAAGGAAAAAAAAUGGAUGCGUAGAAGUGCCUUAUGCUAAACACACUGGUGGCAAAUGUGCCUCUUAAAUAGCUGAACGUCAACAUGGAGCUGCUGUUUGUGUUCAUAAUUAUACCAUUGUCAAGUGUUUGGGACCAUAGUCUUUUCUAGAAACGUUUGCAUGAUGUUAAAUCAGCAAUGGGCAGUCUACCUCAGAUUUCCUAAGCAUCAAAGCAAACAUCUUAAGCUCUGCAGUUUUUGUAGAGGUUUGAAACUGAUAUGUUUGUGUAUUGUGUUUUUAUUUUAGUUUUGCUCUUCAUUCCUUGUCUUUUGUCAUAUAAAUGCUUAAACAGUUUAAACUUUUGUUUGCGUGUUUAUGUAUCCAGAAAUGUGUUUUGUGCACUCUUUAUACGUAAAAUAACAAGUCUGGAGUCGUCUUCAUGAAACGUGGAGGCAGUAACAGGAAAGCAUUUGGUUAUUUUCCAAAUGUAUUGAUAUUGGUGCAUAUUGAAUUAUAUAAUAGUGUUAUAUUGUUGAGGUUUAAAGCACUGAACCUUGUUAUUUCACUUGGCAUAUGUUACAGGCUAUUGUUCUUAAUAAUAGGCUAAUGAAGGAUGUUGCAUAUUUAGUCGUAGGCCCUUAUAAGACAAAUAUGAAAUGUAACAGCCACCAAAAUCAUAAUUGCAAAAUUAAUAGCAACAAAAAAAGCUUUAGAAUGUCAGGGAAUAUUCGAGACAGCCUAUAGAUCCAAAUGGAAGUCAUAUAAAUUAGCCUUGAAAAAUGCUAUAUUAUAAAGAACUAUAGAGUAUCAACUGUACAAACAAUUGCACAACAGUUAAAUGCCAUUCUGAAGCCUUGACUAGAUGAUACUAGGGUGGUAAUAUUACGAAAUCCCUGCUAUCUUUGUUUAAAAUGCAAAACAAAUCAGAUGGGGAGAAUGACACUGGGCAGGCUGGGACUGUUGAACGCAUUCACCCUUCUCUCAGUAAAAUGGCGCCUGCUUGUGACCUGCCCCUUUCUCUCCCACCCCCUCUCUCGCCCUUCCUCUCACUGGGUCAUAAAUCCGUUGUUGUUUAUGAAAAUUUACAACAGAGCAAUGCAACUUUACGACGUUCGGUGGCUUUCCAUUGGUUGCAGCAGGUCACAUGGCAAGGAGCCGUGAUCAUGAACUUUUUACAUAUAAUUUCCUUUACCGGAAUAGAGCAGCUCUCAUUUUACUGUCUCAGUCUGCCACCGAACCCUUUCAGAGCCUGUGUUUCAUAUCCUAGUCGAAUCAUUUUUCACCGUUUCUUUUGAGUACUUCCCUGCAAUUCUGCAGGACCCGAGUAAGAUCCUCUGGCCAUGGGACCGUACAGUUUGGACACAUGAACCCCUCCCCUCUGUUGACGGAUUGGCACAAUGAACGGAUUAAACGCACGUGUACUGCUGGCCCUUCGAGUUUUUUGGAUCCAUACAAAGAUUCAUCUGGAGUGCCUUGGGAUCUUCCACGUUGGUCUCAGGCUGCAACUGCGUUUCCUCCCGCUGCCCUCUCCGCGCGCCUCGAGACCGGGUCACGUCAGACACGGUAAGAAUAUGAACGCUCCCCAAAUUAAUCUGUAAUGUCUCUGCCUUUGCCAAGGAAAAGUAAUUUUGACAUUAAACAAUGUACGUUGGACGUUUCAGUCUGGUAGUGGUCAAUUGACAGAGCAUGUGACACGAUAGCAUUGGCUAUUUAUUUUGUUUGGCGCUAGGUGUAGGCUUAGGCUAAUAUGUGUGAAACAUGUCACAUUUACAGGUUUGUUAUAAAAUAUUAUUAAUAUACUGUUUUUCUGACCAAUUGUUUUUUCGUUUAUGGUAAUAUCCUCUAACUCUAUGCAUAACCUUUCAUGUUUUUUUGUUUGUCACAAUUUGAAUAAGGAUGGACUGUCAGCUGCUUAUGUUAUGGCUGUGCUGUUAUUAACAUACUGCCCAUUGCUGCCAUCUUGUGGGGAAGGCUCCUUCCUUCGCUUCCAUGUUAUUUGGGGAAUAUUACCAACGUCAACAUUUUGUUGAAGGUUGAAUCUUCUGUUUUUGAGGCCACCUUGAUAUUUUCAGAUCUUCUGGUUAAAUUGCUGCUUGAGUUAGACUACAGCUAAGGCCCUAUAAAUUAAGGAACUCUGCUAUAAUCAAUGAAAUGCUGCGGGCCAUAUUGAUGGAAACAACAAUGGCCGGGUUUCCCAGAUUCGUUA